CCAUUCUCGGCGCGGUUUAAUUUUGGGUCUCCUUCCAUUUCUUCCCUCCCUCCACCUCGUCUCGUCCUCCUGCCUGCCACCGCACGCGCGCGCGCGCCUCCUCCCAUGGAGUCAUCCGCCGCGGGGGGCCACACCCCUCCCCGCCCGUCGGCGGCGUCCGGCGGGGCCUCGCCUCCGCCUCCGCCUCCGCCUCCGCCUCCCCCGCCGCCGAGGGGGUGGCUCGCCGGCCUCGUCUCCGGCGCCGGCCGGAUCCUCGCCGCCGUGCUCGGGCCCGAGCCCACCGCUUCCGUCUCCGGCUCCGGCUCCGGCUCCAUCGCCUCCGACGCCGCGUCGGACGGGGACUCGCCGUCGGCGUCGUGCUCCCCGGCCUCGUGCCGGCUCCCAGAACCUCGCAGCGAGGGGCACAAUGGCGGCCGCGGCACCGAUAAUGGUAAUUCCCCAUUCUUUCCUGUGCGAAAUGAUCAGUUGAAUCAGGGUGAAAAGGAGACUGUUCUAAAAGACUAUGCUGGUUCCCUAGCAAUUAUCUCUGAGAUUGAGCCAAAGGAUGCCAUAAUGCAAUUGCUUAUGCAGGAGACCUAUUCAAGGUCUGAGUGCAGAAAGUUUAUAAAGAUAAUUCAAGAGCGGGUUUUGGACUCAGAUUCAGGUGAUAUAGAUACUGGUGGGUUUGCUCUUACAGGUGCUCGAAAGGUUGGCAGACAAGCAGUUGAUGGAUAUUCUUCAUUUAGUCCAACCGAAUCCUCACCCGCAACUUCAAGUCUUCAAAUGCAUCGCUGUGAUAAUAGCGUUGCUGUGGGCACAAUUCCAAAAUUAGCUGAUACCGACCAAAGCCCUUUCAUCCAGAAUUCUAAGAACAUACAGCCUGUUCUCAAACGAAAUUACUCUGUUAGAGAGGAUGCUUAUGGGGAACUUCGAAGAGUUAGGCCAAAGAUCAAUGGAAGUCCAUUGAACCUUUCAAAAUUCAAGCAAGUUGAUAUUAUUCGAAAUCAUCCAGCUGCGAGUUCACAUGAAGAGCUCACUGCCAGGGAUCCAAAUGCUUCCAGAGAUGAAAAGAAGCUAUUAACAGAUGUUAUGGGAGCCAAUAAUUUAACAUACCCUAACGUUAUUUCAAAAGUUGAAAGUGCUGAUGAAAUAUUAGAUGUCCCCAAUAAACCUUCAGCUGUAACUCCACAGCUGUUUGAUUCCAGUUUUUCACAAUCUGGUAAGGACCAAAAAGGUUUUGGUGCUACAACACUUAACAAGUGCUCUAGUCAGGAUCUGAAAAAAGGCUUUCCUUUGAAGGUGGAGCCUUUGAAUGUAUUUAAUCCUUUCGAGCAGCAGAUGAUGGACUUAUCACACCAAAAGCAAGAGCAUGCUGUCUGUGAUGAUUCAUGCUCUCUCUCAAAAUUAAUGUUGAAGGAGGAUAUCGAGGCUGCACCCAGCUUGCCGAUGGGCCUUCAACUGCAAAACGGCUCCAAGAACCGCAGAAGAAGGCAACCCAACUCACAAAAGAACACGCCAACUCCAACAAGGUCACCUGCAAAGGGUCCACGCCAAAAGAGCAACGACAUCAUAGUCAAAUCAGAGAUGGACUUGCUUGAGCAAAGCAGGCUGGUACUGACGGAACAAGAACCAGAGUUGGGCGACGUCCCCGUGAAGAGACCUGUUGGGCGGCCGAGGAAGGCGAGGAAUGGGCCUAGCACAGUUGAUCCGACCACCCCUGCUUCGUAGGUUUGAGUUCUGUUCGCCUUUCUCGGUUUCUUCUAACUUGUGUAAAGUGUAUUGUGGGACUUGAGAAGAACCUUGAAAUCAUAAGUCAACUUGAGACUUUUGGUGUUUA